AUGUGCAAUUUGCCAUUUCGUGGACACAGAGAAGGAACACAAGCAGAAGAUGAAGGUGAUUAUGAUGAGGAUGAAAGGAAACGUGGAAAUUUCAUUUGCAUCAUUGAGUUGCUUUCUAAAUAUGAUCCAGUUCUUUCAGAAUUAAACAGUAAACCUAAAGGUAAAACAAAGUAUAUGAGCCCAAUGAUACAAAAUGAACUCAUUCAGUUGCUUUCAAAGGAAACUGAAAAAGAACUUACUUGUGCCAUUAAAGCAGCUCCAUUUUAUAGCAUAAUGUUAGAUACAGCACAGGAUAUUUCCAAAAUUGAUCAGAUGUGUGAAAUAUACCGUUACUGUAGCAUAGAAUAUGAUGAUAAUGGAAAGCCAAAGGCCCUACAAAUUAAUGAGUCUUUUUUAGGGUUUCAUAAGGUUGAGGGCCAAAGUGGAGCUGCACUAUCAGAACAAAUUUUGCAAAUAAUUAAACAAAGAGGACUUUCUAUUUCAAGGUGUCGUGGCCAAGGAUAUGAUGGAGCUAGUAACAUGAAGGGGAUAUACAAAGGUGUGCAGAAAAAAAUAAUUGAUGUUGAACCCAGUGCAGUUUAUGUUCAUUGUGCUGCUCAUAAUUUAAAUUUGGUGAUUAAUGAUGCUGUCAAGAAUGUGACAGAAAUGGCCCAGUUUUAUGAUAUUGUUCAAAGAGUCUAUGUGCUUUUUCGAUUGAGUAUCAAGACAUAG